AUCGCCUGACGCCAGUCUGUCCGAGGAUCAAGUAACGGAAAGAUCGGCUCCUCUGGUCCAGCGGGGUUCGCAUCCGCGUCUCGCGUCCUUUUCCUUCUAAUGCAUGAUCCUCGCGAUCUAUCUGUGGAUUGGAUCGCGUUACGCGGCCACCACGUGACGAAGGAAUCACCACAUGACUCCAGGAAGUGUGAAGUGCGUGAGAGUGUUCUCGGUCCAGUGUCGUCGCGUGUGUCAUUCCGAGGCAAAUUCCAACCGAAUCGAAGGGACUGCGUGCAUUCGUACGAUUUACAUUAUCCAUCGUUGCUCGUUAAAAACAAAGGACGCGAUCUGUUACCACUAAAUACUUACGAAUUGCCUCUGAACUGGCCCAGUACGGCGUAAGACGUGAACCAGGUGAUCGCAGGGGUGAACAGUGCACGUAGACGCAAGUUGUCUAACCGAGGCAGUCUGUUGGUUAGAACGUAAUGGAACGACACGUCGUUUGACAGUGAUUCGGUGUGAAAUUUUCGUCAACCGUUAGUGAUCGAUCGAAGUUCGUGUCUUUGGAUGAUGGUUCAUUGAAGCUGCUUGGAUUAUGAAAUGUCCAUAUUAGAUAGUGAUCUUCUAGAACAAUAACGUUUUAUUCUAUACCAAGUUAUUGCCAAAUGCUUUUUGCACAAUUCCGUGAAAGACAAAUAUAUACGAGAAACAGAGAGGGGAUGUCCGCGUAAAAGCGGAAGAAGGAAAUUUGAGAAGCUGCAGUCCGUCCAAAGGAAAGGAAAGAGAAAGGGAAUAGAGAAGAGCAGUAAAACGGUGGACGUAAUUCGACGGCAUCCGGUGCCUUGCUUCCUCUAUUCGCUCUGGCGAGCUAGGUCAUAAGAAUGAAGCGAACCGGUAAACAUCGGAGCCGUAGCUUUCUCUUGGGCAUCAUUAGGGCGAGCGCUUUUUAUUUGUACCGCCAUAUCAAGCAUGCUAUCAAGAACGAGAUCGUCUUUUUGUAACUCUCAUGAUAUUUUUAAAAUGAUCUGGGCCAUUGCUCUGAAACGACGAACUACCCUUCUCGAAGUUUAAUCCAGUUGUGUUGUCGUGUCGACGCAAUUAGGACACCAUUUUCGAGAUACCAUCGAAAAAUCGUGUCAGGCAUAACAGACGAAAAAAAGUGUGCUGCGCGAACUAGCCGUAUUUACCUUUCAUAACGCUGACUCGGGGAUGUCUUUGGUCGUGUGUUGACUGCUCGUAAAAGGUCGUCAGCAGGUUUUCCCAGAAGGAUAGACAAACAACGUUGAACGUGAAAAGAGACUCGGUUGAAUUGACAAACUCGUUCAUCUUUCAGCGAUAAUAACAUCUAACGGAUCUCUGAAAGCCCAAGAAUGAGAUGAAUGUACUUCGAGGAGAAAUUAAACGCCGUAAAGAAUAAACGAACCCUUUGGGUUGUACGUUUCGAACAUUGUGGAAUUCGUUUCGACGCCGAUCGCCUACUGAUGCAUCCUGGACGCGCACCUGGUCCUCGUGGCGACGAGGUGGGCACGAUCGCGCGCGUUCCAGCCUCCGGGGGCGGGUAGAAGUUCUAGGGGGAAAUGAAAUCGUUGGUCGAGCUUGAGUGAUCGCGAAAGGGAGCAGGCGUGGAGACGGGGUUUCAAGGGCGCGAACGAAGAUGACGUCGUCGAUCCUGGCGCUGCUCGGCCUAAUCCUGGCGACCGCCAGCGCCGAGCUCAGCUCGAGGAUCGUCAGGACAAAGUAUGGGGAACUAUCGGGCGUUAUCGUGACCCUCGAUCGGCACCUCGAGGGCGUCGAGGUGUACCGUGGCGUUCCGUACGCGUCGCCGCCGAUCGGCUCGUUGCGUUUUAUGCCCCCUGUCAGCAGUGCGCUUUGGCACGGCGUUAAGGUGGCCGAUAAAUUCGGGCCUGUUUGCCCGCAAAGGUUGCCCGAGCUUACCGACAAAAUGCCGAAAGGUAGAGUCGAGUACUUGAGAAGACUGCUGCCCUACCUAAAGAACCAGAGCGAGGAUUGCCUGUACCUAAACAUUUACGCACCGGUUCAAGCUGGCGCGAGGGACGGAGGAGGCAGGAGAUACCCGGUGAUCGUGUUCGUGCACGGCGAGAGCUAUGAAUGGAGCAGCGGCAACCCCUACGAUGGCAGCGUGCUGGCGAGCUACGGGGGUGUCGUCGUCGUCACCAUAAAUUAUAGACUCGGUAUUUUAGGCUUUCUAAACGCCAACACGGAUUCGCACUUACGCUCGCCAGCGAAUUACGGCUUGAUGGAUCAGAUCGCUGCGUUGCACUGGGUGCAAGAGAACAUCGGCUACUUUGGUGGUGAUCCUAGGAACGUGACAUUGGUCGGCCACGGUACCGGGGCUGCUUGCGUCAAUUUCCUAAUGACCAGUCAUGCAGUGCCAGACGGCUUGCUGUUUCAUCGCAGCGUUCUAAUGUCUGGUAGCGCGCUUUCACCAUGGGCGCUGGUGAGAGGAGCUGCAAAUUACGCUCUGCAAGUUGCCAAACAUCUAAAUUGCUCGUGGGCCGCAGGUGAUCCGCAGGCAUUGCUGAAAUGCCUGAGAGAGGUGCCGCUGAACGCGCUGGUUUCGGUCCCCGUAAAAGGGUUGGAAUUCGCGCCUGCUUUCGGACCCAGCAUAGACGGCGUGGUGAUCGAUCCAGGCGAUCCUGACGAUCAGGAUUUCACUCUACAAGUGGACACGAUCAAUACGUUGAACAACAUCUUGAUGCGGAAGGACGUCGUAUCGAAACUCUCAAGAUACGAUCUGAUGAUCGGCGUUGUCCGAUCGGAGGCGUAUUUCGCUUUAACGGCGGAUGACGCGCAGUACGGGAUCGAGGCUGACAGAAGAACAAAAAUUCUACGCGAGUUUGUACGUAACACGUACACGUAUCAUCAAGCAGAGAUCUUGGCGACGAUAAUCAACGAGUAUACCGACUGGGAACGACCUGUUCAACAUCCAGUGAACAUAAAAGACGAAACCUUGGAAGCUUUAGGAGAUGCCAACACCGUGGCACCGGCUACGAGAACAGCAGACCUUCACAGUCAAUCCCAUCGAAACUCUUACCUGUACGUGUUCGAUUAUCAGACAAAGUUCGGCGAUUAUCCUCAGAGACCAGGCUGCAUCCACGGCGAGGACCUACCAUAUUUUUUCGGAGCACCCUUGGUGGGUGGUUUAUCCCAUUGGCCCAAGAACUACACAAGGCCAGAGAUCACCCUGUCCGAGAGCGUGAUACUCUAUCUGACGAACUUCGCACGCACCGGAAAUCCGAACGAGGGAACACCGGACGUUGGACCGUUGAGACCAGAGAGAACAAAGUUGAAGAACAUCGAUUGGAUCGCUUACGAAACGGUGCACAAGAAGUACCUGAGCAUAGAGAUCAAGUCGAAACUGAAGAACCACUACAGGGCGCACAGACUGUCGUUUUGGUUGAACCUUGUGCCUGACCUCCAUAAGCCUGGCUCCGACGAUAUUCCUAGAUCGCACCAUCUGCUUGACACUGAACAGGUGCCACCCAGGUUCAUCCAGAGAAUACCAACGACGACGCGGAUAACUACGGUGGAGGUGACACUCGCGGAGAGGAUGCAAAACGUCACGACAAUGAUACCAAGCGAGUUAGCCUUCGAAGAUUCAACCAUCCAACCGGAAGAUGGGUUCGCGGCUUACUCCACCGCCCUCAGCGUAACCAUAGCGAUUGGCUGUAGCCUAUUGAUCCUUAAUGUUCUAAUUUUCGCGGGUGUAUAUUAUCAGCGCGAUAAGAGCAACCAACAUAAUUGCUCAAAAAAACGUCAGGAAAAUGGACAAAUGCCUAAUAACAUUUGCGGAGAUCUGGACACAAAGAGUGUCGAAAGACACCAUAUUCAACAUAUUCCGCCACCAGAGUUUGCAGAUUUGCAGAACAAUAGUUGUCACGUACCGAUGCCACCUCCACCGCCGAAAAACACAAAACCGGGAAAGCCAGGACAAAAUCUUAUCAUCAGUCCUAAUCAACUUCAACAGGAAAGUAUGGCGAUGACUGGCACCGGGACGCUGAAGAAGGGUCACAAUCAUCAGCAACAGAUCGUGGCUACGUCAAACAUUCUAACGAAGCGUGGACGUACUGUAAGAAAACAGAAAAGGUUUAGACUGUAAAUAAUAAUUAAUUUAACGUAGUGGUUUGUCAAGUCGUUUGUGGCAAGAAUUUUGUGGUGUAUGAAACGACGAAGAAACGAGGAAACCGAUUGUAAUUGCACUUGUGUCGAGUAACAAGAUGGUGUGUCAGCGUAGAAGCACUGGACGUAAUUUUAAAUUUGUAUAUAAUUGACAUUACAAUAAACUGUGUAAACAAUUACAAUUA